UCUUAUAAGAAAAAUGCUCUUCAUCUUUACUUCAUCAGCACAUGUGUGUUUCUAUAUAUCUGAUCAUUAAAUUCUAACCAGAUUUUGUUGUCUCUGAUUCACGAAAAGAUUUGUUAUCUAAUUAAUUUUGUUAUAAUACUUUUGUAUAAGAUUCAUACCACAUGGUCAUGUCGUCUCAGCAGAUGUUAAAAUCCACAAGUUGUUGAGCAAUCAGGAUUGGUCACUUUAUGAUCACAUAUAACAAAGACACCAGCAUGUGGUCUGUCUGGUUUAGUUUCUCUAACAUACAAUAGUUUCUCCUUAUAUAUAUAAUCCAACAAGCUUGUAGGAUCUUUCAUCAACUAAAACUUGCACUCAGAGAGUUAUACAAACACAACUUACAAAUCUCUUUUGUUUUCCAGACUAAAGUAUAUCCUCUGAAGAAAAUGAUGAACCCAAAGAAGCUCAUGAAGAUGGCCAAGAAAUGGCAACAGAGAGCAGCCUUAAGCAGGAAAAGAAUCUCAUUCCAAAGAUCAAGUACUACUACUACCUCAACGGCUGUAGAGAAGGGUUGUUUUGUGGUUUACACAGCGGAUAAUGCACGCUUUGCUUUUCCAUUAAGUUAUCUGAACAACUCUGUUUUCCAAGAGAUCUUGAAGAUAUCUGAAGAAGAAUUUGGCCUCCCAACCAGUGGACCAAUCACUUUGCCCUUUGAUUCGGUUUUCUUGAAGUAUCUAAUCAAACUGAUCGAAAGAAGAAUAGAUGGAGAUACAGAAAGGGCUUUGUUAAUGUCAAUAUCUAGUGCUAGAUGUUCUUUACCAUGCUCUUUACAACAACAACAAGAGCAUUUGCUUGUAUGCUAGAAAAUUAGUGUGUAGUAUUUUCUGUAUUUCUAAAGAUUCAUUUAUAUUGUAUUAGACUACAGAUUAUUUCAGAAAUACAAACAAUUAUUUUUUGUCUC